UCAAGGAAGGGGAAUGGCAGGUCACAAUGGGGAUGCAGUUCCUCAUUCUGACCACCCGGAUAAUCUCUACUCCGAUGUUGACUUAACCGAUAAAGCAGGAGGGGAAGAAAUGAAUGAUACUCCGAUUGAGGAAGUUAGGCUGACGGUGCCAAUUACGGACGACCCAUCAAUUCCAGCUCUGACAUUCCGAACAUGGGUUCUUGGUAUCGUCUCCUGCUGCGUUCUUGCUUUCCUCAACCAGUUUUUCGGGUAUCGACAGAACCCGAUAGGUAUUACUUCAGUUUCAGCACAGAUUGUGGUUCUCCCACUAGGGGUGAUGAUGGCUAAGACACUUCCAGCCAAGUCUAUAACUGUGCCAUUUACAAAAUGGAAAUGCUCCAUGAAUCCGGGGCCAUUCAACAUGAAAGAACAUGUCUUGAUCACCAUCUUUGCCAACUGUGGAGCCAACGGUGUUUAUGCUGUUGGUAUCACUACCAUUGUCAUGGCUUUUUACCACAUGAAAAUCGAUCCUUGGGCAGCCUUGUUACUAUCCCAAACUACUCAGAUGCUUGGGUAUGGCUGGGCUGGUUUGUUUAGAAAAUACCUAGUGGACUCCCCCUAUAUGUGGUGGCCUUCCAACUUGGUCCAAGUUUCUCUAUUCAGGGCAUUACAUGAAAAAGAGAAGAGGCCCAAGGGAGGAUAUACCAGGCUACAAUUCUUUCUCAUAGUUUGUGUAGGAAGCUUUACCUAUUACCUUGUACCAGCCUACUUCUUCCCUUCCAUUGCUUCCAUCUCAGUUGUCUGUUUGAUUUGGAAGGACUCCGUCCUUGCCCAACAGCUUGGUUCGGGCCUCCAUGGCCUCGGCAUAGGUUCAGUCGGCUUUGACUGGGCCACCAUUUCUGGCUUCCUGGGAAGUCCGUUGGCCACACCGGGAUUUGCCAUCAUCAACAUUCUUGUUGGCUUCUUCAUAUUUUCCUAUAUUAUAAUCCCCGUGUGUUAUUUUAACAAUGUUUACGAAGCCAAGCGAUUUCCAUUAAUUGCCUCUAAAACUUAUGACUUUGAAGGCCAGAAAUACAAUAUUUCGCGAGUCUUGAACCCAAAAACGUUUCAACUUGAUAUAACUGGGUAUGAAAAUUACAGCAAACUCUACAUCAGUGCCUUCUUUGUUUUCACAUAUGGCUGUAGCUUUGCAACUUUGGCCGCUGCUCUCUCACAUGUCGCACUUUUCGAUGGAAAAGAUAUUUGUAAGUUCUGGAAAAAAACGACAGAGACAUUGAAGGAUGAGGGUGAUAUUCACACAAGAACAAUGAAGAAGAACUAUGCAACAGUUCCUCAAUGGUGGUUUCAUACUGUCUUGGUUUCAAUGAUCGCUCUUGCCAUAUUUACUUGUGAAGGUUUUGGGAAAGCCUUUCAACUCCCAUGGUGGGGAAUUCUACUAGCUUGUGCAAUGUCUUUCAUUUUCACAUUACCAAUUGGGAUAAUAACAGCCACAACAAACCAGCAACCGGGGCUAAAUGUGAUCACGGAAUUGGUUAUCGGGUAUAUAUAUCCGGGGAGGCCACUUGCAAAUGUAGCUUUCAAAGUGUAUGGCUAUAUAAGCAUGACACAAGCGCUUGCUUUUGUUGCGGAUUUCAAAUUAGGCCACUACAUGAAGAUCCCUCCCAGAUCUAUGUUCAUUGUUCAGUUAGCUGGAACAAUAGUUGCUUCUACCAUGUACUGGUGCACGUCAUGGUGGCUUCUCACCACCGUGGAAAACAUUUGCGAUGCUUCAAAGCUGCCAGACGGAAGUCCAUGGACAUGUCCCGGGGACGAGGUGUUCUACAAUGCUUCAAUCAUAUGGGGAGUGAUUGGUCCAGGACGGAUGUUCACCACGCGUGGUGUCUACCCAGAGUUGAACUAUUUCUUCCUACUUGGCUUGCUUGCUCCUGUCCCAGUGUGGUACUUUUCCAAGAAAUUCCCCCACAAGAAAUGGAUCAAGCAAAUCAACAUGCCCGUUCUUCUUGGCUCAACCAUUGCUAUUCCACCGGCUAGAACUGUUAACUAUAUGAUGUGGGGAGCUGUGGGUAUCUUCUUCAACAUGUACGUUUACAAAAAGCACAGGGCAUGGUGGGCUAGGCACAAUUACAUCCUAUCAGCUGGUUUGGAUGCCGGCGUUGCAUUCUUGGCCAUAUUGAUAUACUUCACCCUGCAAUCCAGGGACAUUCUUGGUCCCCAGUGGUGGGGUUUGAGUACCGAGGAUCAUUGUCCUCUCGCUACUUGUCCCACAGCUCCCGGAAUAAAGGCUAAGGGAUGUCCUGUUCUGUAA